AUGGCCACCAAGUCUGAGUACAAGCUCCCAAACUACACCGUCGGUGACUAUGCAUCUUUCGCCCUUGCCGGUGCUAUGGGCUGUGGUAUCACCCACGGUGCCAUGACUCCAAUUGAUGUCGUUAAGACCAGAAUCCAAUUGGAGCCAACUGUCUACAACAAGGGUAUGAUCUCUUCUUUCAGACAGGUUAUCUCCAAGGAGGGUGCCUCUGCCCUUUUGACCGGUUUGGGUCCAACCGUCUUGGGUUACUCUUUGCAGGGUGCUUUCAAGUUCGGUGGUUACGAAUUGUUCAAGAAGACCUUCAUUGAGCAGUUGGGUUACGACACCGCCUCUAAGUACAAGAACACUGUUUUCAUGGGUUCUGCUGCUUUGGCCGAGUUCUUCGCUGACAUUGCUUUGUGUCCAUUGGAGGCCACCAGAAUUAGAUUGGUUUCUCAGCCAUCUUUCGCCAACGGUUUGGUUGGUGGUUUCGGUAGAAUCUUGAAGGAAGAGGGUGUUGGUUCUUUCUACAACGGUUUCACCCCAAUCUUGUUCAAGCAGAUUCCUUACAACAUUGCUAAGUUCUUGGUUUUCGAGAGAGCUGCUGAGGCUAUCUUCGGUUUCGUUGGCAAGCCAAGAAACGAGUUGUCCCAGGGUACUUUGACCUCUAUCAACUUGUCUGCUGGUAUCAUCGCCGGUUGCGCUGCCGCCAUUGUUUCCCAGCCAGCUGACACUUUGUUGUCUAAGGUUAACAAGACCAAGAAGGCUCCAGGCCAGUCUACCGUCGGUUUGUUGGCCCAGUUGGCCGGCCAGUUGGGUGUCCGUGGUUCUUUCGCCGGUUUGCCAACCAGAUUGGUCAUGGUCGGUACUUUGACCUCCUUGCAGUUCACCAUCUACGGCUCUUUGAAGGCUGCUUUGGGUUGUCCAAAGGGUGUUGAGUUGUAA